AUGGCGACGGCCUGGGCUCCCCCGGGCGCCCCCGAAGCCCCACCCUGCGCCAACCAGAGCUGCGCCCCCCACGACCUGGUCCUGCUGGGCUUCGCGCACGUGCCCAAGCUGCGGCCGCUGCUCGCUGCGCUCUUCCUGGCCGUGUUCCUGCUCUCGCUGCUGGGCAACGCGCUCAUCGUGCUGCUGACCGCCCUGGACCCGGCCCUGCGCGCGCCCAUGUACUUCUUCCUGCGCCACUUGGCCCUGCUGGAGAUCUGCUUCUCGCUGGACAUCGCGCCCCGGCUGCUGGGGACCCUGCUGCGGCCCGGGCGGGGCGUGUCCCCCGCGGGCUGCGCCCUGCAGCUGGUCCUGGUGCUGUCGUGCGUCCCGUCCGAGUGCUUCCUCCUGACCGCCAUGGCCUGGGACCGCUACGGGGCCAUCUGCAGGCCCCUCCGCUUUGCCACCUGCUGGCCGCCACCCACGUCCUACAUUGGGGUCUUGGCCACCGUGCUCCGGAUGCCAUCCGCCGCGGGGCGCCACAAGGCCCUGUUCACAUGCGCCUCCCACCUCAUCGUGGCGGUUCUGUUUUAUGGCACCACGGGGGUCAUCCACUUGCGACCCAAGGCCAGCUACUCCCCAGAGAGCAAGCAGGUGGUGUCCCUGUCCUACACCCUGGUGACCCCCAUGCUCAACCCCCUCAUCUACAGCCUUCGGAACAAGGAGGUGAAGGCUGCCCUGGGGCGGGUGUGUGUUCAGAGAAGACGAACCCAUAUUCCAUGA